AAACAGUGCUUUCGAUUUUACUUGCCCAAACUUGCAAUCAAAUCAAAAGAUUAACAGUCUUGAAGCUUGAUUUCAGCAGUCCCACCAGCUCUAGCAAGCCAGAACCAAACCCCUCUCCUCCCGCUAAUCUCGGCCCCUUUUCUUCCGCAUUCCCAUUGUCUCUCUCUCUGCCUUUUUAUGUCAGAAAACCCAAUCUUGGGCUAAUCCUUCAAAGCCUCGAAACCCAGCCCCCAUUCUCACCAUGUCUAUCCUCUUCCUCCUCCUUUUCUUCCCUUUGCUCCUCCCUCCUUCCUUGUCUCUCCCUUACCCUUACAAUGCCAGCUACCACAUUGACUGCGGGGGCCUCACUCCUUCCACCGACUCCUACAACACCUCCUGGUUGGCCGACGAGUUCUUCACGGGCGGUUCCACCUCCGUGGUCUCCGAGCCACUCCACUUCCAUCUCCCGCAGGAGAAGACUCUCCGUUACUUCCCGCUUUCCUCGGGCAAGAAGAAUUGCUACAACAUCCCUGUCCCGCCUGGUCGUUACUACGUCCGGACGUUCACUGUUUACGACAACUACGACGGUAAAUCCCAUUCCCCUUCCUUCGACGCUUCCGUCGAGGGCACUCUCGUUUUUUCCUGGCGCUCGCCUUGGGUCGAAAAUCUAGCUCGCGAUGGCGCUUACUCCGAUCUCUUCGCUUUCGUCAAAGACCGUCAGCUGGAUUUCUGUUUUUACAGCAUUGCCACUGACGCUCCCGUCAUCGGCUCCCUCGAAGUCGUCCAGAUCGAUCCUUUGUCUUACAACUCCCCCGAAACCGGAGACAGUUACAUUCUAGUCAACUACGGGCGACUCUCUCCCGGGUCACCACAAUGGGGACCCGGUUUCACCUCCGACCCGGACCCCUUCGGCCGCUCCUGGCAAUCCGAUGCUGAUUACAGAAACGCGAAUUCAGCGUCAGCUAGAGUUAUAACCACUAAAGAAAAAAUAACCGGUACGGAGCAGGCACCGAAUUACUUUCCGAUGAAAUUGUACCAAUCGGCGGUGACAAUUGGUGGGGGUUUGGAAUACGAGUUAGAUGUGGAUGCGAAGCUUGAUUACUUGGUGUGGUUUCAUUUUGCGGAGAUUGACUCGACGGUUAAAAAAGCAGGGGAGAGGGUGUUCGAUGUGCUGGUCAACGAGAAGAAUGUGAGUAGAGUGGAUAUAUACAAGGAAGUGGGGAGCUUUGCAGCAUACAGCUUGAAUUAUACAGAGAAGAAUUUGAGUAGUUCUGUGUUGAAUGUGAAGUUGGUGCCUGUGAUAGGGGCUCCGUUGAUCAGUGGACUUGAGAAUUACGCCAUGGUUCCAGCUGAUUUGUCCACGGUUCCCGAGCAGGUGAUUGCAAUGAGAGCAUUGAAAGAUUCGCUCCAUGUUCCUGAUCGAAUGGGUUGGAAUGGUGAUCCUUGUGCUCCUACUGAUUGGGAUGCUUGGGAGGGAGUUACAUGUCAUGCUGACAAGAAUGGAACAGGCCUUGUCAUAACUCAAAUAGAUCUUGGAAGUCAAGGCUUGAAGGGGUAUAUCAGUGACCAAAUUAGUCUUUUGUCAAACUUGAUCAACUUGAACUUAAGUGCUAAUGCUUUAGAGGGCACUCUACCGAUCGGGCUUGGUCAAAAAUCCCUUGCACGACUGGAUUUGUCAAACAAUCAAUUCUCAGGUUCCAUACCAGAAAGUUUAACGUCUUCAAAUCUGCAGCUUGUGCGACUUAAUAAUAACUUAUUGGAAGGGCGAGUACCUGAAGAACUUUAUUCUGUCGGUGUGCAUGGUGGAACCAUUGAUCUCUCUGGUAACAAAGGCUUGUGUGGGGUACCUUCUUUACCGGAUUGUCCUCUGUUUUGGGAGAAUGGCCACUUAUCUAGGGGUGGCAAAAUUGCAAUAGGCUUAUCAUGCUUCAUUUUCGUUUUUCUGCUCCUAUUGGUGAUCUACAUAUUUUGUAUCAGGAGGGGUAAAAAUGAUUAUGAUUUUGGUCUACCUUCAGAUUUAAUGUCACUUGCUGCUAAGAGGAACCGGUAUCAAAGACAAAAGUCCUUGAUGCUUCUUGAAAUGGAGAGCCAACAUGCCAAAGGAUUGCCAUCACUUCCUCUCAAUCCUCAUUAGUAGAGUCUUCUUGAAAAGGAGAGUACUGAUUUUGAUAGUUGUCCACUCACCAAGAGGGCAUAGAGGGGACCAUGAAUGCAAUUAUAGAGGAUACCAUAAAAGAUGUCAAAUGCUGUGCUUCAUAAAAAGGAGUUCCUGAGUUGGGCUUCAUUCAACAAUUUGAACCAAAUGGGGUCUUCGAAAGUCUCAUUCUACGGUAAAAUGCAAUGUAUCUCAUUCUUUUUUUUCUCACUGAUAAACAAAGGGAUAAGGUCACUGAUGUACCAUAACCCAUUUUGUGACAUUUGGUGAGCAUAGAUCAUAAAUCCACACUUCAAUUAUGUAAAUGACACCACUAAUGUAUACCAUGAGGUCCCAGGUUUGUUACUGCUGCCUGAUCAACUGUUAGCUGAUUCUUAUCACAAUACUAUACAUCAACUCUCUCACCUUUGGAUAUGUAUUGUUUCAUAAGCUGAAUGUUUUGUGCAUUCAUUGUAAAAUAUCAACAAACUUCUACAUGUUGUUUCA